GUCACAUCUGUGGCAAAGCUACCUAUAAAGACAUACAAAAAAAAGAUGAAGAGAGGUAAUAGUGAGGUCAUCUCCACGUUGUCGGGUGCCUCCCGCAACUCCGGCUACCGCAGAGGCUCCACCUUCAACUUAAACUUCAGCCUGCGACACCGGUUCCGGUUCCGGCAUUCUUGCAAAUACUCCAAGUCUCAAGUCAGCCUCGACUCGGACUCGGACUCUAGUCACUCUGAGAUGAGCUUCAACAUCGCCAAAGCCAAUACCAGCAGCCUGAGUUCAGACCAGUUGAACUUGUCGUCGAGUAUCACCCUGCAGGUGCCCAAUCAGACCGUGUGCUACAUCUCCCCCCGUCGACAGCCGCGUUUGAGGCAGCCGAGUGGCAGUGUGGGGGGCGGAGGAGGGGUGCCCCGCGAGUGUCCCGUGUGUCUGGUCGAGCAGGAUGCCGACCAGUUUCCCGAGGUGAUGACCAACUGCGAUCACCGCACGUGCCGCGAUUGUCUCCAGCGCUACCUGCAGAUCGAGAUAUCGGAGAGCCGCAUCAAAGUCAUGUGCACCGAGUGCCCCGAACUGCUGCACCCGAACGACGUGCACGCCAUCCUGGAGGACAGAGCCGUGAAGACCAUGUAUGAGGAGUUCAUGCUUCGUCGCGUACUCGCCACCGAUCCCGAUGUGAGGUGGUGUCCGGCACCAGACUGCGGAUAUGCUGUGAUAACAGCCGAUUGCGCAGGAUGUCCCAAACUGAAGUGCGAGAAACCCGGCUGUGAUACAUUCUUCUGCUACCAUUGUAAACAGCAGUGGCAUCCUAACCAGACCUGUAAUGCAGCUCGCACGAAGCGGUUUCCAAACAUGCGAUCAGGGUCGCUUAGUUACAGUACUGAAUCAUGCUCAAAGAGAGACGACAUCAAGCCGUGCCCAUGCUGCGGCGCUCUGUUCGUCAAGAUGAACGGCGGUUCGUGUAACCACAUGUCCUGCAUGCUCUGUGGAGCGGAGUUCUGCUGGCUCUGUAUGAAGGAGAUUACAGACCUACAUUAUUUAAGUCCAUCGGGCUGCACAUUCUGGGGAAAGAAGCCAUGGAGUCGAAAGAAGAAAAUCCUAUGGCAGCUUGGAACGCUGGUCGGUGCGCCCGUCGGAAUCACCCUGGUUGCCAGCAUUGCAAUCCCCGCCAUGAUCAUCGGCAUUCCGGUCUGGGUCGGCAGAAAGAUUCAUGCCCGCUACGAGGACAAGCCGUCGCGACACAGGCGCAACCUCGCAAUCACGGGUGGAGUUGUCGCUUCCAUUAUUGUCGCGCCUGUCAUCGCCGGUCUCGCUGUCGGUACUGGUGUGCCAAUUCUCCUUGCCUAUGUCUAUGGAGUUGUACCUGUGUCACUGUGCCGCAGCUGUGUUGGCUGUGGCAUCACGAAAAACACUGGCGGUGUAAGGUUCGACUUCGAUGAAAACAUCAACAGCAAUCAUCCAUGCCGAUCUCCGUACAGAGCUGCAGACAGACAGAGCGUGGACACCACUCACAACGUUGCCAAUCCCAGCAUUGCUCCGAGCAUCGGCGACACAUCUCUGGCUAUGACCAACAGUCUGAGUGCCAGCGGAAGCCACGUGGACCAGGUGGGGGUCCUACAUGACGAGAGCGGCUGCGACUCCACCAGUAACCAUGCCAUCGCCAGUUCAAGUCUCAACGGCAGCCUCUGUGGCAGUACAUACGCUGCAGUCGAUGGAUAUCAAAACAAACUUGAAGUGCAGGCCGAUGUGUCAACAAGUGCCUCGUUGCACGUGCGAGAUAGCUGCAGCAAUGAGUCGGCCAACAUUAGCCUGAGUGAACGCUCGACAGCUGUUUCCUAUGGCGACAACUGCAGCACAAGGGUUCUUGCUGGAUCAAUCCUUAGUGUGAAGCAUCAAGUUCCGGCUGGUGUCUCAUCGAAUAUCUCAUUGAUCUCGCGCGAUAGCUUCAGCACUGAGUCGGCCAACGCUAGGAUAACUGAACACUUGGGAACCGUGUCCUACAGUGAUGAUUGUUCCACAAGGGCUACUGCUGGCUCAAUCCUCAGUUUCGAGCAUCAAGUUCCGGCUGGUGUCCCAUCGAAUAUCUCAUUGAUCUCGCGCGAUAGCUUCAGCACUGAGUCGGCCAACGCUAGGAUAACUGAACACUUGGGAUCCGUGUCCUACAGUGACGAUUGUUCCACAAGGGCUACUGCUGGCUCAAUCCUCAGUUUCGAGCAUCAAGUUCCGGCUGGUGUCCCAUCGAAUAUCUCAUUGAUCUCGCGCGAUAGCUUCAGCACUGAGUCGGCCAACGCUAGGAUAACUGAACACUUGGGAUCCGUGUCCUACAGUGACGAUUGUUCCACAAGGGCUACUGCUGGCUCAAUCCUCAGUUUCGAGCAUCAAGUUCCGGCUGGUGUCUCAUCGAAUAUCUCAUUGAUCUCGCGCGAUAGCUUCAGCACUGAGUCGGCCAACGCUAGGAUAACUGAACACUUGGGAUCCGUGUCCUACAGUGAUGAUUGUUCCACAAGGGCUACUGCUGGCUCAAUCCUCAGUUUCGAGCAUGAUGUUCAGGCCGAUGUGUCGACAACAAACGUCUCCUUGCACGUGCGAGAUAGCUUCAGCAAUGAGUCGACCAACACUAGCCUGAGUGAACGCUCGACAGCUGUUUCCUGUGGCGACAACUGUAACACAAGGGCUCUUGCUGGCUCAGUGCUUAGUUUCGAUUUUGAGCUAGACGUACCGAUGGAAGGAGACCGAAGCGACACCAGCAUGUUCGAACGUCUCGAGAGAACAACAAGUGUGUGCAUGUGCCCCGAGAAAAGUAUGUCGCUCUUCCUGUGGUGUCCGGAAAAGGAAAAACUGCCUGACGUGUCCGCAAGUUGCGAUAGCAUCAAAGACAAUGCCAAGAGUAUCGGCCCAUGGGCGCAUGGAGACAUGUCCGUCGACGUGCGAAGAGGUUGCUCAACUUGGCACCAACAGAGAGAUCCAGACCAACGGAAAUUGGAGAACAUUUUUCUAAAAGCUGUGGAUUCUGUCGGCGUCAGUGGCACCAGCACCAACACCGCCGCCGCUGCUGAUGGCAAAAGAAUUCAUUACCUCAGUCGGAGCCAGAGCCGCAAGUCCAUUCUCUCGGUGUCUGUGAACGCCCGGUCGGGACGACUGGACUUGCUGUCGUCACAGGAGAGAAUCGACAUUUCGUCCACCAUACCGGAAGUGGAAAGCGACAGGCCAUCAUGCUCCAAGACUCCAUCGUCGCGGGCCUUGUCCGAGGCAUCCACGAUAGAUGUCAGCUGCACCUCGGUGCACUCGGACUGCACGUGUUUGCCGGAGAGCCCUGAACUAGCAAAGCGGAGCAGCGACACAGCCUUGAGCUCGCCUACAAAAACGGCCGACUGUCACCGUCAGCUUUAAACUAAAUUUUUUUACCAAGAUAAUGUUGUUGAUUAUUGCCACUAUAGAGUUGGUGCUACACCAAACACCCACAAAGUUUCUUUAAAUUAAUAAUAAUAAUAAUGAUGAUCAUAUUACUAAUUACAUUAUGGCUCUGCUACACCAAACACCCAAAAUGAAUCCAUGUACAGUUACUUAGUCGUUUGGCUGGGGGGGAGGGCCCCGUGUUCAUACAAUGUCACAAAAGGUCAUAAUAAUUGCCUUAGUUUUUUAAUGUUUAAGUCAUGUCUGUGUCUUUUACAGACCUGUCAACCCUCCCGGAUUCCGCGGGAGUCUCCCGGUAUUUGAU